GGCUGAUCGCCUUGGAAAUGGCCAAGAUUCACACCAUCCACACCAACGGCAGCCUGCCCAAGCCCACCCUGUGGCACAAGAUGCACACUUACUUCACCCUCGUGAAGAACGAGAUCAGCCCCAGCCUUUCCGCAGACGUCCCCACGCUGGAGGUGCUGGAGCGGGAGCUGGCCUGGCUGAAGGAGCACCUGUCCCAGCUGGGCUCCCCUGUGGUGUUUUGUCACAACGACCUGCUCUGCAAGAACAUCAUCUACGACAGCACUAAAGGUCACGUACGGUUCAUUGACUAUGAAUAUGCCGGCUACAACUACCAGGCUUUUGACAUUGGCAACCAUUUCAAUGAGUUUGCAGGUGUGAAUGAAGUUGAUUACUGCCUCUACCCUGGGAGGGAGACCCAGCUACAGUGGCUGCGCUACUACCUGCAGGCACAGAAGGGGAUGGCCGUGACCUCCAGCGAGGUGCAGCGGCUCUACGUGCAGGUCAACAAGUUUGCCCUGAGGGAGUGGAGUCCCCAAAUGCCACCUGGUGACCUCGCCUCCUGUGCUGGGGAGACCCCACCGUACGCAGUGAUCCGAUUCAACCAGUACUUCAAAGUGAAGCCUCAGGUGUCCGCCUUGGAGAUGCCAAAGUGA